AAGAAUCUCAUCAAACGGGGGUACACCGUUGUUACACACUAUGUAAAGUUUGCACACGUUUGUUGUGACACUCAUAUUAUUAUACUCAUAGUACCCGUCAAUCAGUCACCAUAGAACGUGGAAAGAUAAUUUAUUUUUGAAGUAAGACUUUUGUUAGUAUCGUCAUGAUUCUAGUUGAGUUCUCCCUUCGUGGUCUGGGUGAAGAUUCGAGGCCGUUUAAACAGUGACAACGUUCGAAAAGUUGGGUCCAAAUUUAAUCGGCACCGACCGAAUUGCGAAGGUGGCUUUUCCUACGCCAGGAGAUCAUCAUGUGACGUGUGGGAGAUCUGAUUUGCUUUUGAAAAUCAAUCACAUCAUAGGUUCAACGCUCACUGGAAGGAUCCAUUUAUAUGACCACAUUAGAUGUUAUCAGACAAUGUUGGAGAAAUUGUGUUGUUGUUCAACUAAAUUUUCCAUCACAGAGUAUCAACUUGGUGUUACUUGUGCAUGGUUUGGAAAACUUUAAUUAAAGUGAAAGUAGCUUGCCAUUGGUCCCAUGAGGACCCUCACAGCUAUGGAGAAGUAUGAAAACCUCGGUUUGGUCGGGGAGGGCAGCUAUGGCAUGGUCAUGAAGUGUCGUCAUAAGGAGACCAAUCAGACUGUGGCUAUCAAGAAAUUCAUUGAAUCUGAGGACGAUAAAAUGGUCAAAAAGAUAGCCUUGCGAGAGGUUCGAAUGCUCAAGCAAUUGCGACAUGAAAACCUUGUGAAUUUAAUCGAAGUCUUCCGACGUAAGAAGCGCUUGUACUUAGUCUUUGAGUUUGUCGAUCACACAAUACUGGAUGAGUUAGAGCGCUAUCCAAAUGGACUGGAAGAAAAUGUUGUUAGACGCUGUAUGUGGCAGGUCUUGAAAGGAAUUGACUUCUGCCAUAAUCACAAUAUAAUUCACAGAGACAUUAAACCAGAGAAUAUUUUAGUUUCUAAAUCUGGUAUUGUGAAGCUGUGUGAUUUUGGGUUUGCUCGGACGAUAGCAGGACCGGGUGAAAUCUACACAGAUUAUGUUGCUACUCGGUGGUAUAGAGCACCAGAGCUGUUAGUGGGAGACACUAAGUAUGGCAAAGCUGUAGAUAUCUGGGCGCUAGGUUGUUUACAAGCUGAAAUGUGUACAGGAGAGCCUUUGUUUCCAGGAGAUAGUGAUAUAGAUCAGCUCUACCACAUCAUCAAAUGCUUUGGUAACUUGAUUCAGAGACAUAAGGAAGUGUUUAUGAAGAAUCCUUUGUUUGUUGGGAUGCGUCUUCCUGAAGUUCGGAAUGUAGAACCAUUAGAAAAGAGAUUCCCAAGACUGACGGGUCUGUCAAUCAAAGUCAUGAAGAGCUGUCUCCAUUUAGACCCUGAUGAGAGGCCAACGUGUUCUCAACUCAUACGCCAUGAGUUCUUUCAGAAAGAUGGCUUCCAUGAGAAGUUCCCAGCAGAGCUGAGAAUCAAGAUUGCAAAGGAGUUUGAUUGUAAUCCACUUCUCAAGUCUGGGUCCGAAGAGAAGGAAGGGGGUGGGGAGGAGAAGAAAAAGAGUAAAAAGAGCAAGAAGGAGAGUCACAGUCACUCCGAAAAAGAGAAGAAUAGAAAAAGACAUUCUGAUGCCGAUAGACACAAACCAUCAACAACACCUCCAGAGACGAGUGAUAGACAUAUUAAAGCUGCAUCAGAUACAACAAGGAAGGUACAGUUAUCUGAUGCAUCGGAGUCUCAUAAGAAGUCAUCUGGAAGGACCGGCUCUCCUAAUCCUACAAGUAAGAUGCUCCCAUCUACUGUCAGUCAUAAUGGUGCAUCAAAUGCAACAUCACAGUCACAUUUAAGCCAGACGACCCCAGCGCCCAUCAGUACCAUAACCAUGGGUAGUAUAGGUGCAUCAUCCAAAUCAAGUCACUUAUCCAGUAAUACGUCAGGCCCAUCUCCUUUAAGGGGGUCAGAAAAAGUGAAGAAAGGCACAACGAAUACGUACUUCAAGAAGCCAGCCCAACCUCCAUCAGUGCAUCAUAGUGGUAGUAUGCCAACACCAGUCCAAUCAGAGAAGACUUUAUUACAUGAAAGACCAUUACAGUUUGAUGUCUUGAUGGCUAGUCAGCGUAAAGGCAAAGGCGCAUCAUCACCUAAACUAGAGAGAGAGAUUACACACUUGCCAAACUUAGCUGGUGUUGAGAUUGACUCCAACAGAAAGUCAGAGAAGAAACACAAGUUGAAGAAGAGUCAGCAUACCCCCAUGCCCCACAUUGGCCAUCAUGAUGCGACUCAUAGUGGUGCUAAUAGCUCCCAUCUCAACCAAUCCUCAUCAACAGAUGACUUCAGAGAACAUAAUCUGCCUGCUGUAUAGCAUCGGAUCAUUCAUGUACAGUGCUUUUAUAUUAUAGGAUUGUAUGAUAAAAUGGAGUUAAAGAGAAGAGACUAUUGCUGGUGACUCGAUUAGACCAUGCCAUACUUGGGCUGUGCAUGCUUCGAUAGACCACGCCAUACUUUGGCUGUGCAUGCUUCGAUAGACCACGCCAUACUUUGGCUGUGCAUGCUUCGAUAGACCACGCCAUACUUUGACAUUGGUAAUGUGUGCCUAAUACAAAGACACGUACAGUGAGCUUGUAUGCCCAAUGUGGCACUGUUUAAUUCUUGGAUCGGGAAAAGUAGCGUUUGAAUGGCAAGGUUUUCAUUCAAACUGUUGAAGAUGGAAGACACCAUUGAUGCAAUGAACAUGAGAAAUGAGCCAUUUGGAAAUGAGAAAUAAGCCAGAUGUCAUCUUCAGAUUCAUACCAAACAGAUCUUGAUGAACAAUCUUCGAUGAAAUGAUGAUUUUCAUAUGUCCGUUCCUGCAGUGCUUCCUUUCACUCAGCUCGCUAGGUGGCUGGCUACAUGUAGCUAGGUGUUAAUUGAAGAGUAACACUUUAGUAAUGAUGAUGAUGAUUGUUUGUGCUGACGUGAAUAGACCAUCCAGUAGGCUCCACCCAAGACGAACGUGUGAGCAAGAACACAUGGGGCUCUCCAGUGCCUUUCUGCACAACUCUGCCGCGCACGCCA